ACCUUACAAAAUAAGGUAUAAUGAUCUGAAUAUUGUUUGGUUUGCAAAAAAUUCGAGAUCCCCAUCAAGAUCUCAAUUCUCAUCACCUACGCAUGUGUGAAUAAUAUUCCUAUGAUUGCUGAAUAAUAUUCUCUUUCUUUAUCUAAAAACUACACACAUAGAUGCAUUUCACUGUAAUGGCUGCCUCUGUAUAUAUAGCAGCAAACAUAGCAGUGAGAUCAUAAUGCCAUAAAACUGGAUGCCAGUACAAACCCAAUUGGUUUUUUUGGUUUUAAUAAUUUUUAUCUUCAAAAAUCUUCCAUUUCACCACAACUCCCAGACACGGCAAGUGCCACAGGUAGCCAAAGCCAAAAGCUUUAUUAAUAUUUAUACAUAGAGAGAGGGAGAAGGGAGAUCUCUUUCUCUUUCUCUAUUUGGGUUCUCGCAAAUUCUUCAUGCUGUAGCUCAUUGUGGAAGAGUGAGGUGCGGCUUCUCAGGCUCUCUCUGUGUUCCUGUGUGGUGGGGGCGAGGUGUUGUGGGCGUUUCAGAGGAGCAGAGAGGAGCUUGGCGUCGAGGUAAAAAGGUACCUAUUAAUCACAGGGUUGCCUUGGCAAUCGUCACCGGCUUAAGAAAAACGAUUUUCAAGGUCGGGUUAUUUUUGGUGUUUUCUGAACUGGGUUGCUUCCAGAUUUUGAGAUUUUUGCGUUCAUCUCUUUGUCUCGUUUUGUUUCUCUCUAUAGAUGACAUAGGGAGAGACGCACACAGAGUGAACGAAAGAAUACAAACCAAAACUUAAAACAAUUUCUUCUCUCUCUCUCUCUCUCUCUCUCUAUCUCUCUCUUUUAUCUCUCUCCCUCCCUCCUUCGCUUUCUUUGUCUCUUCGUGUACCGUGUUGAUAAAAGUCUGUUUGUUUCCGUGUGCAAUGUGUCUGCAGAUUCUAUCUCCAGAGAGCUAUAGUCUCCGUUGAUUAUCCAGAUGUCGAAAUGCCCUUCUUUACACGAUUCGAUCUCUUUUAUUCAUUUUGCAGCUUAUUAUUAACUACUAUUACACCACUACCACCACCACCACCACCACCACCGACUCGCUUAUUUCAAUCACCAUCUUACCACUGUCAAUAAUGGGUAUCACCUUUUUGCUUAAUAACAUCGUCACGCAAUCGACACACCCCGUUUUGAAGGCAAUUCGGGGCCUGCCCGUAUUGGAGCUAGCCUCAAUUUGCAUCAAUUUGACGCUUUUCCUUGUCUUUCUCUUCAUAAUAUCUGCAAGGCAAAUAUUUGUGUGUGUUGGUAGAAUUAGAUUGCUUAAGGAUGAUACAGCAGUUGCCAGUUCAAGCCCAAUUAGACGAAGUACUGUUGAUGGAGAUAUUCGAGUUGUUACGAUCGGUACCGGGUUUAAGUUGGUCCUAUUUUGUUGUUUCUAUGUUUUGUUUUUGCAAUUUUUAGUGUUGGGGUUUGAUGGGGUUUCUUUGAUUAGAGAGGCUGUUAAUGGGAAAGUUGUGGAUUGGUCUAUAAUUGCUUUCCCUGCUGCACAAGGUCUAGCUUGGUUUGUGUUGAGCUUUUCAGCUCUUCAUUGCAAAUUUAAGGCGUCUGAGAAAUUCCCACUGUUGUUGAGGGUUUGGUGGUUUUUCUCAUUUUUUAUGUGUUUGUGUACUUUGUAUGUGGAUGGGAAGAGUUUUCUGAUUGAAGGUGUGAAGCAUUUGAGUUCUCAUGUUUUGGUGAAUUUUGCUACAACUCCAGCUCUUGCUUUUCUAUGUUUUGUAGCAAUUAGAGGCAUUACUGGAAUACAAGUUUGUAGGAAUUCUGAUCUUCAAGAGCCACUGCUUCUUGAAGAAGAAUCAGGGUGUCUCAAGGUUACUCCUUAUAGUAAUGCUGGAUUGUUUAGCUUGGCUACUCUUUCAUGGUUAAACCCACUUCUGUCUAUUGGUGCAAAGAGGCCGCUUGAGCUCAAGGACAUUCCUCUUCUUGCUCCAAAAGAUCGAGCUAAGUCCAAUUAUAAGGUUUUGAAUUUGAAUUGGGAGAAAUUGAAGGCAGAAAAUCCUUCAAAGCAGCCUUCUUUAGCUUGGGCAAUUCUCAAUUCAUUCUGGAAGGAAGCGGCUUGCAAUGCCAUAUUUGCCUUGGUAAAUACACUUGUUUCAUAUGUGGGUCCGUAUAUGAUUAGCUACUUUGUUGAGUAUUUAGGGGGGAAGGAGACUUUCCCUCAUGAAGGAUAUAUUCUUGCUGGGAUAUUCUUCUCGGCAAAGCUUGUGGAGACCUUAACAACCCGGCAAUGGUAUCUUGGUGUUGAUAUUUUGGGUAUGCAUGUGAGGUCGGCUCUGACAGCAAUGGUGUACUGUAAGGGACUCAGGCUCUCAAGCUUGGCCAAGCAAAGUCACACUAGUGGAGAAAUUGUUAAUUACAUGGCAGUUGAUAUCCAGAGAGUGGGGGACUACUCUUGGUAUCUCCAUGACAUAUGGAUGCUUCCCUUGCAAAUAAUUCUUGCACUUGCAAUUUUGUAUAAGAAUGUUGGAAUUGCUUCUAUUGCAACUUUAAUUUCCACUAUCAUAUCCAUCAUUGUUACUGUGCCCUUGGCUAAGAUACAAGAAGAUUAUCAAGACAAAUUAAUGGCUGCAAAGGAUGACAGGAUGAGGAAAACUUCUGAGUGUCUGAGGAAUAUGAGGAUUCUGAAGCUGCAAGCUUGGGAGGACAGGUAUCGAGUGAAGUUGGAGGAGAUGCGGGAUGUGGAGUUCAGGUGGCUCCGUAAGGCCCUCUACUCACAAGCUUUUAUUACAUUCAUUUUCUGGAGUUCUCCCAUAUUUGUUGCAGCUGUUACUUUUGGUACUUCAAUAUUGUUGGGUGGUCAGCUCACUGCUGGAGGUGUUCUUUCUGCUCUGGCCACCUUCAGAAUCCUACAAGAACCACUUAGGAAUUUCCCUGACUUGGUGUCAAUGAUGGCCCAGACAAAAGUUUCCCUUGAUCGAAUUUCUGGAUUCCUACAGGAAGAAGAGUUGCAGGCAGAUGCAACCCUUGUUUUGCCACGAGGUAUGACAAACAUGGCCAUAGAAGUUAAUGAUGGUGAGUUCUGUUGGGACCCUUCUUCUUCUUCAAGGACCACUUUAUCAGGCAUUCAUGUGAAGGUGCAGAGAGGGAUGCGUGUAGCUGUUUGUGGCAUGGUUGGCUCAGGAAAAUCAAGCUUUCUCUCUUGCAUCCUGGGGGAGAUUCCCAAAAUCUCUGGUGAAGUAAGAAUUUGUGGUACUGCUGCUUAUGUUUCCCAGUCAGCAUGGAUACAAUCUGGAAAUAUUGAAGAAAACAUUCUUUUUGGCAGCCCAAUGGAUAAAGCAAAGUACAAAAAUGCUAUCCACGCCUGCACACUGAAAAAAGAUUUGGAACUUUUUUCACAUGGUGAUCAGACCAUCAUUGGUGAUAGAGGUAUAAAUUUGAGUGGUGGCCAGAAGCAACGGGUACAGCUUGCAAGGGCACUAUAUCAAGAUGCAGAUAUUUAUUUACUUGAUGAUCCCUUCAGUGCUGUUGAUGCACACACUGGUUCUGAGUUGUUCAAGGAAUACAUAUUAACAGCACUAGCAACUAAGACAGUCAUUUUUGUAACCCAUCAAGUUGAAUUUUUGCCAGCGGCUGAUCUAAUACUGGUUCUCAAGGAAGGGCGCAUUAUACAGGCGGGGAAAUAUGAUGAUCUUCUACAAGCAGGAACUGAUUUUAGAACUUUGGUCUCAGCUCACCAUGAAGCAAUUGUAGCUAUGGAUAUCCCAUCUCACUCAUCUGAUGAUUCAGAUGAGAGUUUGUCUUUGGAUGGGUCUGUCAUAUUUCAUAAAAAAUGUGAUGGAACUGGAAGUAAUGUUGACAUUUUGGCAAAGGAAGUGCAAGAAAAUGCAUCACCAUCAGAUCAGAAAGCUAUUAAAGAGAAAAAGAAAGCAAAGCGCUCAAGGAAAAAGCAGCUUGUUCAGGAAGAGGAAAGGGUGAGAGGGAGAGUCAGUAUGAAGGUUUACUUGUCAUAUAUGGCUGCAGCAUAUAAGGGCUUAUUAAUUCCACUAAUUAUCCUUGCACAAGCAUUUUUUCAAUUUCUACAAAUAGCUAGUAAUUGGUGGAUGGCUUGGGCAAAUCCCCAAACUGAAGGAGGCCAAUCUAGGGUGAGUCCUAUGGUCCUUCUUGGUGUUUAUAUGGCCCUUGCUUUUGGGAGUUCUUGGUUUAUAUUUGUGAGGGCUGUUCUAGUUGCUACAUUUGGCUUGGCAGCUGCACAGAAGUUGUUUUUGAAGAUGCUUAGAAGUGUUUUUCGAGCACCAAUGUCUUUCUUUGACUCUACUCCAGCUGGACGGGUCUUGAAUCGUGUAUCAAUAGAUCAAAGUGUCGUGGAUCUUGAUAUUCCUUUUAGGCUUGGUGGGUUUGCUUCAACAACAAUACAACUUCUUGGAAUUGUUGGUGUAAUGACCAAAGUUACUUGGCAAGUUUUGCUUCUUGUUGUUCCUAUGGCUGUUGCUUGCUUAUGGAUGCAGAAAUACUACAUGGCUUCAUCAAGGGAACUGGUCCGCAUUGUUAGUAUCCAGAAAUCUCCUAUCAUCCAUCUUUUUGGUGAGUCAAUUGCUGGAGCAGCCACAAUAAGAGGCUUUGGGCAAGAAAAAAGGUUCAUGAAGAGAAAUCUUUAUCUUCUUGAUUGCUUUGCUCGUCCAUUCUUCUGCAGUCUUGCUGCUAUUGAAUGGCUGUGCCUACGCAUGGAGUUGCUCUCAACCUUUGUAUUUGCUUUCUGCAUGAUUUUACUUGUUAGCUUUCCUCAUGGAAGUAUUGAUCCAAGCAUGGCAGGCCUUGCAGUGACAUAUGGCCUUAAUUUAAAUGCACGCCUUUCGCGGUGGAUUCUUAGCUUCUGUAAACUAGAAAACAAAAUUAUUUCCAUAGAAAGGAUUUAUCAGUACAGCCAAAUUCCAAGUGAAGCUCCAUCUGUUAUCGAGGGUUUCCGCCCUCCAUCCUCAUGGCCAGAGAAUGGGACAAUUGAUCUGAUUGAUUUGAAGGUUCGUUAUGCUGAGAAUCUUCCUACGGUGCUUCAUGGGAUAACAUGCACCUUUCCUGGUGGAAAGAAAAUUGGAAUAGUUGGGCGAACAGGAAGUGGUAAAUCUACAUUGAUCCAAGCACUAUUUCGAUUAAUUGAACCUGCUGAAGGAAGAAUCAUUAUAGACAACAUUGUUAUUUCUAUGAUUGGCCUACAUGAUCUUCGUAGCCGUCUGAGUAUCAUACCCCAGGAUCCAACUUUAUUUGAAGGGACAAUUAGGGGAAAUCUUGAUCCCCUUGAAGAGCAUUCAGAUCAGGAAAUUUGGCAGGCUCUUGACAAGUCUCAGCUUGGGGAGAUAGUCCGUAGGAAAGAUCAAAAGCUUGAUACACCAGUGCUAGAAAAUGGGGAUAAUUGGAGUGUAGGGCAACGGCAACUGGUUUCCCUUGGCCGGGCUUUGCUCAAGCAGGCAAGAAUACUCGUGCUAGAUGAAGCAACAGCAUCAGUUGAUACAGCUACAGACAAUCUUAUUCAGAAGAUUAUUCGUACGGAGUUUAAGGAUUGCACAGUUUGCACAAUUGCACAUCGCAUUCCAACUGUUAUCGACAGUGAUCUUGUUUUGGUACUCAGUGAUGGUCGAGUAGCAGAAUUCGAUACUCCAACACGCUUGUUAGAGGAUAAAUCAUCCAUGUUCCUAAAGCUGGUAACAGAGUACUCAUCAAGGUCAAGUGGCAUGCCAGACUUUUGAAUUAGAUGGCAUGCCCAAAAAUCCUUCAGGUCAGAGGCAGCAAGAGCAGGCUGAUAGCCACAAAGUAAUGUGGCGGCUGCUGCAUUCGGGAAACAGCAAGAGAAAACACCACUGCAUCAAUCCUUGCACCAAAUCCCUAUUGGUGAACGUAAUCUUGCGUUCGGGGGAGUUCAUCACUUAGAGCAGAAUGGGAGAAUUCAUUCACGAUUGGCAUACUAUGUAACAGAAAAUAAGUUGGUGGGAUCACCACCAGUUGGUAAUAAUCACACACGGAAGGAGAAAAAUGUGCGGGGUCUAUAUAUUGUUCAAUGAUGUGCAAUAAAAAUAGUGUUUAGAUAAGGCAGGAUUUUGUUUUUUGCUUUGGAAAUCUGUAGAGCCGAACUAGUCAAUGCCAAUCCCACUUUAUUCUAGUGGCAUAAUUCAGUUUUAGACUAUAAAUUUUGGAUGCCUA